AUGUCGUUGUACACCCCAAAACACCUUUGUUUGGUGGUGGUGCUGCAGCAGCAGCAGCAGCAGCAGCAGCAGCAGCAGGAGGAGGGGGAGGGUUCAGACGCAGCCGCACUGUGGGCCCCCGGCAUUCAAGCAAAGCAGCAGCAGCAGCAGCAGCAGCAGCAGCAGCACCAGCAGCAGCAGCAGCAGCAACAGGAUUCCACCCAGCAAGACUAUCAAAAAUUAUUUCGUUUACUAUCAGGGAAGCCUAUAGGCAGCAAGCAGCAGCAGCAGCAGCAGCAGCAGCAGCAGCAGCAGCGGACGCCAUGGGGGUCACCUGGGGCGGACCCCUCCUUUGGGGGGGGCAGCUCCUGCAACUCUAGGCGUUCAUCUCUCUCUAUAUUCAGAGCUGCUGCUGCUCCUGCUGCUCCUGCUGCUGCUGCUGCUGCUGCCACUCCUGCUGCUGCUGGUGCUGCUCCUGCUUCUGCUGCUGGUCCUGCUGCUGGAGGGGCAGACGGAGAUACUGCUCCUGCUUCUGCUGCUGGUCCUGCUGCUGGAGGGGCAGACGGAGAUACUGCUGCUGUUGCUGCUUUGGGCGAGUGGAUGCGGCAUCAGCAGCAACCGCAGCAGCAGCAGCAGCAGCAACAGCAGCUGUUGUGUGUGUGUUUAUAG